AUGAGUCUCCAGAAGGUGGUUCCUUAUCACCAUACAAAUACGCUAUUCGUCAAGGGCAGGUGGUUGAACAGAACCAUCCUGGAUGUUGUUGUCGAUGAGUUCAAAACCCGAGAUCGAGACUUUCACUUGAGGCAGAUUGCUCUACAGCGCUUGAAGAUAGAAAGGGAUAACAAGAUCAUAGCGGGAGAUGAGUUGUUGUCAUUGCGCCUACAGAACAAGGAUAUCUUGCACUUGACGGUACACAAGCAUGAGCCGCCAGUGCUGGCCUUGCCGGUGGACACAGUUUAUGAAUCGGAAGAGUUGGUUGUUGUUAACAAGCCGCCGUCGAUUCCAGUACACCCAACGGGUCGUUAUUACUACAACUCGCUGACAGAGAUGUUGAAGCCCAAAUACGGUGAGUUAUACCUAUGCCAUCGUUUGGAUAAGCUCACGUCUGGAAUUGUGAUAUUGGCACGGAACCCACAAAUGGCGGCCUCUUUACAACGUGAGAUCCGUUCAAAACAAGUUGAAAAGUUCUACUUGGCAAGGGUUCAGGGUGAGUUCCCUGGUGAUGAAAAUGGGAUCGUGUGCAAUAGACCAGUGGCUAAUAUUGAUACCAAGUUAGGGUUCCAACAUGCAAUGAAGGAGAAGAAGGAGGCAUCUACAAGAUUCACGAGGAUUUCGUAUUGCCCUGAGCUGAACCAAUCAGUCGUUCUAUGCCAGCCAACAACUGGAAGAACUCAUCAAAUUCGAAUCCAUCUAAAUAUGCUAGGGUUCCCAAUCGUUAAUGACCCUCUAUACGGUCCAGCGUCAUCACCGCUCAGGAGACAAUUACUCAUUUCAGAAGCGCCAAUGACCAAGGAGCAAUUUGACACUUUGUUAAAAGAAGAUAGGGAUAAGAUCGAGAGGUUGAGUGUGACUGGUCGAUGCGUUGAGUGCGGAGAGUUGUUAUUUGCAGACUCAAAUCCUGAGUCAAUGGUGAUCUGGCUCCAUGCGUUCAGGUAUAAAUUCAAAGAUAAGGAAUUUAUUACAAGAACACCAAGCUGGUGUGACUAUCUAUGA